GAUUGGCUACCGCAUGACACUCAAGGGACACAGCGUGGGAGCGCUGUGGGCUCGUAGAAGCCAGGUGGGGACGCUGGACAGGAGAAGACCCGAGAUGUCCUUUGCAAGGGCCCCAGAACCCGCCAGUGGCUGAGUCCUCCUCACUCCCAGAACAGUGCUCCUCCACACAUGCGAUGGCUUUUAAUAAAUAUUUGAGUCACUCCCACUUCCACAGUCUCUGCCCUUCCAGGCUCCACGUGCUCCUGGGGAUCUUCACGGCUUCUCUGCCCAGGGGCCAGAACCGAAGAGGCCAGGAGGGCUGCUGGGGCAAAGGGGUCUAAGGACCUCGUUGCCAGCGGCACACGCCACCAGGAGCAGGGGCAUGGAGCACAGUGAGGGGGCUCCCGGAGACCCAGCCGGUACUGUGGUGCCCCAGGAGCUGCUGGAAGAGAUGCUUUGGUUUUUUCGUGUGGAAGAUGCAUCUCCCUGGAAUCAUUCCAUCCUUGCCCUGGCAGCUGUGGUGGUCAUGAUAAGCAUGGUCCUCCUGGUAAGAAGCAUCCAGGGAAGCAGAAAAGAAAAGAUGCAGCCACCAGAAAAAGAAACUCCAGAAGUCCUGCAUUUGCAUGAGGCCAAGGAUCACAACAGCUUAAACAACCUAAGAGAGACUUUGCUCUCAGAAAAGCCAAACUUGGCCCAGGUGGAACUUGAGUUAAAAGAGAGAGAUGUGCUGUCAGUUUUCCUUCCGGAGGUACCAGAAACUGAGAGCUAGUGAGGGUUCAGAGAAGCCCCAUCCUAAGCCAGGCACGUGAUCUGGGCUCAGCUCAGUGGCCUGAAACCUCUCAGGUUUUACAGUCUCUCCCAAGCAGCCGCUUUUUUCUUUUUCUUUUUUUUUCUUAGCAGAUACAAUGAAUGAACUGCAAGCAAACUAAAAUUCUGUUAUUAAAAAAAAUCUUUUAUUAAAAUGCUCCUGGAAGUGA